AUGGAUCCCGAGCCCAAGAGCCCUUCCCGUCGCUCUCCGCUCAUAGGGAAAAGUCCAGAUGUCACAGCUUCUUUGCAAAAAAGUGUACCGAUUGACAUUGAGGUCCAAGGCUUGAAGGCUAAGGUGCUUCUGAACCGCCCUCAGGAAGACAUCGUCCCAGAAAAGUAUCUUCAAAAGGCAGACCGAUCCUCCGUCGUGCAGCGUACUCCCUGGGCUUUUCGGGGCGUGGAAGAUGCUCGCCAGGUAAAUUUGGGCAAGUGGUCCAAAGUCGACGUCCGUUUCCGUGGGGUGUUUAGGAUGCUCAAUAAGGUGCCUCAAUUCAAGAAGGGCUUGUAUCAGAAUGAAGAUCGCAACAUCGAAGGCUGCAGCCGUAAAUACAUCUUUGAGGACGCGGCCAGGGCACAAGGUCAGGUAGUCUACGCUCUUCUUGAGGAGAUUCUGAAUUUGCUGGAUAUUAGGCGAGAGAUGGACAGUCAUCUCUCCUAUUUCUUCCUCCGCGCAAGAUUGUUGAAUUGUCACAUGGAAUACUGGACCGGUUAUCGCCAGAAGCAUCAGGAUGCGCCACUGACAGCUGGAUGGGUUUGUGUCGACACUCAUCCAGCCGGUGUAUCCAAUAAGUCGAUUUUGCCCAUUUCAACAACGACCAAGGCAAAGCAGUCCCUCGAGUCUGCCCUAGAAGGGAAAUUCAAACUUAUAUUAACAAAUUUGUUGCUUCAUAUCCAUAAACUGCAUCCACCUGGCGACAAGUUUCCCGACCAAGAAGUCUUCCUGAUCGGUCUGCAUGGGUCUCGAUUACACAUCUUGCGUGCCAUAUUUCCGGGCUACAAAACCUCCAAAAUCUGGAGUGGUAGAUACAACCCUUCACCAUCCAAUACUGAUUCGACAGAACUGUUCACCAUGAAUCCAAGUGAACGGUUCUACUCUAAGCAAAACGUAGAGCGAUUUGUCGAACGAGUCGAAUGGCAUAAGCUGUCAAAUGCGGACGGGGAGCGUGAUUCCCGCGUGUUCCGAAUUCUAGGAAGCCACGAGUAUGAUUUGUGGAUCAAGUCUGAGUUCCGAGCCGCAGUGAGGUUGGUUAUUGGGUUGAUCAUGUACUUGAUGAGUGGACAAGCUCGUUGCGGUAUUCUUCAGCAUGCAUUCCAGCGUUUUCCAUAUGAUGAGGAUGACGAGCCUAACUCGGAAGACGAGAGAGGUGAUAUUCAAGCUGCAAAGGAAGAGAAGGAUGUCGCUGAAAAGGAGAAAGAGUUGGAUGAGCUGGAGAAGCAGAGUGUUCAGAAAGAUCAAGAACGGGCCCGAACUCGAGACACUAUGCGGUCUUCUUCCAAUGACCGAAUCCGAGGCUUCGAAGAUUCUCGUCAACCAUGGUGGGAGUGGGUCUGGGAGGAUAAGGUCGAUGAAGAACGCGCAAAGAAUGAUGAUGUGAUUUGCAAUGGUCCACAAUAG